AUGCUCACCGGUACCUUCUUCGUCGCCCUCCUGGCCACCAUCGCCGCUGCUACGCCGCAGCCUGGGAAUAAGCCGGUCUGCACUACGACUGUCGGCAGAUGUACUAGCACCGUAACGACGACGGUGACAAGAUAUACUGGGACAACCACAAAAGUCCACACCGUCACCGCCGGAACGAGCACCACGACACGCACCAAGACAGUUACGACCGCCAGUCCCAUAACAAUUACUUCCUGCGCCGCGCCUGCCUCUACCGGGCCCAUCGACAAGCGCGGAAACCAGGGCGAAAACUGCUGGAGCGUCAACACCGUCACGCACCACUGGGCCACGACCACAACCGUGACAGUGAAGGCCGUGAGCACGGUCCAGUCAACUCGCACGGUUGCUAAAACAACGACCACAAAGACAAAGACCGUCACAAGCGCAUCCACGCAGACUUCGCUUGCGAAAUUCGCGGGUGACUUCUACAUCUACGACGGCUCCGGGCAAAACGCCUUUGAUGUCAACUUCGUCAGGGGCGGCAGCACCGAUAUCAUCACGCUCGAUACGACAACCACGUUCGCGAGUGCGUUUGCUCUCGUCAACGGCACGCUCAGCGUGGUGGCGGCCAGCUUUGGAGUUGGCGAUACAAUCUACGCAGACCCGACUUCCGCCAGCGACCAGGGCUUUCCCGACAACACCUUGAUAGGCCUCACGCCUGCGGACGCGGCAGCGCAGGGAGGCGAAGCAACAGCAGUGUUGUGCUCCAUCUCACAGCAAAGCGAUGGAACGUGUCCAUUGACAUGCACGGGCAACGGCGGCAGUCAGUUCUACUAUUGCUCGGGCGGUAUCCCUCUCAUCGCCCUUGGAUCCGGGGGCGCGCCAGGGGGAUGUGACUCGGCCAGCGAGUAUACCACGUUCUCCACGGUGGCCGCGGCUACAGACCAUUACGCGAGGGGUACAGAACUCAAGCUGUUAAUGGCAGAUCAUUUGUCGUCAGGGAAAAGGGCCGGAAGGUCCUCAGAGACGGACGGUGUAUGCGGCCAGACUAUGAUGCCUUUCCCCGAAGAGUUCCCUAAAGUCACAAAAACUGCGUAUAUCGUUCCGAGACCGAAACACGUGGAACCCAAUGCUUCAUCGGACGUGUUCACCUCACACUCACUCUCCCACAACUCUACCUCACAGUCAUCAAGAUGCCGAAAACCGCACAUCCCGAUGACGUCUUUGCGCGGUCGAUACGAUCUGCCAGACGGGCAGGAUAUCUACGAAAUCGACCUGAAGGCGAGAAGAGUUCCGCGGAUGGAAUGGUUGAAGCUUAGCUGGCCGAUCUCCAUCCCACCCAGCAUUCUUGGUCCUUCGUCAGCCUCCGCCUCGACAACAAGACAGUACGCGUCUGGGAGGAAUUCGGAGAUCGGAGAUAACAACAGAGCUCGGAAGCUGUGCAAGCGGGUCAGCCGGCUCGGAUUUACCGUCGAUUCACGCACUCGCUUCUCAUCUGUUCCAGCGUGUGAUACUGGCAUCCUCGCAUUGGCGAUCGCGCAUGGAGAGGCACAACAGCGGCAUUUGCCGGGUGGUCUGCUCGAUGUGACCGGACUGCGCAGUGCGACAAUCGAAGGACUGUGGGACGAUGCAAUGGCGGUCCGGAGACGAGAUGAAGCGCCGCACAACCCACCAAUUCAAACAAGUCGCCACCAGGAGGAUCUCCCCGCCCAGUUGAAACGUCGACAUGCCGACAACGAUGAUGCACGGCCAAAGCGCCGCCGCGUAUCCGACGGCCAAUCUGCAUCAGACACAAUCGUGCCAACCGAGCGCGAAAUCAGAGUUGAUGGACUCCGCAAACACAGGGAAUGUGGCGGAAACAAAGCGAAGUGCCGUGUCGUCCAAUACGGUAUUGAUUGUGAGUCGGAAUUCACGCACCUCACAGAUGGCGACCCACACUAUCUGGCGAAGCAUGCCAAACAGAUGUACCGGCGAGCCAAGAAAGAUAAGACCUCCCCACUGCGAGCCAUGCUUAAAAAGUUUCCAUGCCCACACGACUGCAAGCUCUUCUUCCUCACCCAAAAGCUCAUGAGGCUACAUUGCUUCGAGCAACAUAGCCAGAACAUCAAAUGCGGAUUCGCGCCAUUGGGAUGCUCGGAAAUGUUGCAACCCCGAAAGCACACGCCUAGCAUUUCGUCUCUAUGCACACCGGCGAGCUGUACCGACUCGCGAAGAAUGUCCUGGACUUCCAUCGCGUUAACGCCUUCAGCUGUCACGACUGUCUUCCGGCGUUUACCACGAAACAAGGCCUGCGCUUGCACUAACAACUGA